AGCAGCUUGUGCUUAAUGUUUGGAGAAUAAUCAUCCCCAGUCUAAACAUUCGCCAAUUGCCUGAAACGGCGUGAUGUGUCGGGGGACUGAAGUGGGGUCCCAGCGGCGUCAUGCAGAGCCAAUCAUUGUCUCUCUCACACUUUCUAACUAGCCAUUUCACAACAGUGAUGCGAGGAAACGAGAGAUAUCAGCAGUCCAUGUGGAGCAGCAGCGGUGUCCCGAUGGCUCUUCCUCUCAACGUCAACGAGAACCAACUAAACUGAGCGCAGGAAUACAAGGGCAAAGAUGAGAACAACUGUUGGAGUUAAAUUCUAUUCAUAUUUUAUGAGACAUGUUCGUUAUAUUGGGUGACUGUUUGGUCAACGGAAUGAGGCAGACGAAUAGCCUCCAAGUGUCGGAGAAUCAGUGAAUUGACCAGGUUCUCAAUCUCAACUAUCAGCGAAUUAUUGUGUGAAAAAAAUCACUUGAAUUUCACACUCGUUAUCUGAUACAUCAUCGAAGGAAACCAUGCAUGGAAGGCGGCAUUUCCCACCAAUUUAAACAAUGUUAUAUGCGCUACAUUUGGAUUAGCGUGCAGUAUAAGACCUAGCUAACGGUAUUUCGGGUGGAAUUUCGGAGUCGGGCUUCUUGCGCUAGCAUUUGCGCUUUCCUCGCGUUCGGCAGCUAAACUUGGAGAGCUCCAUGCAGUCGCGAAGGUUGGUAUUGGCCGUUUCUCAAUAUACUGACAAUUGGGCUAUUUUCAGAGAGAUAUUUAAAUCUGAAAUCUAAAUUCAUAAUUUCGAUGGAGAGUGGUGAUUUUUCUGUCAAUGGGUCAUUUUUGUCUAAGGGUUCUUUCCUAUUUUUGUCAGUGGACUAUAGGAGACUAACGUUACUUAUCUUGUCAAGAGUAAUGGUUAUCCAUGUGUUGAUUACCCUUCUAAUAAAUUAGCCCUGCCUUGUGUGCUAGGCUGUAGACAAUUUCUUUAUACUACAUUUUUGUGGCAAAAAAAUAGCAAUAGCCUACACAGUACGGGCUACAAAAUAGAAUUUGCAAUACAAGUUGUCCAGCUGUAAUAACAUGUUUUGAAUGUAAUUAUAAGCAUGGCAAUGUGUUGACAUAUGGCAUUGCUAUAUCAAUAAUUGUAUAGCCUCAUAGGCCUAUGUGUAAUUGUAAAUUCAUAAUUUUUGAGAAUAUUUCUAUGUACUCAAUAUGAUGAUAUUAGGCCUACAAUAUCGUCUGCUUCUCCUCUUUCACAUUGCUCAAAUCAAACCCUUUACGCACGCAUUAUUCAGGAAAAACUGCAAUUGGAAGCUUAUUUGUAUUUUGAAUAAAUAAAAAAGAGAAUGGGCUUCGUUAUUCGCAGUGAUAGAAAGGAAAUGGGAAAGUAUCAAGAUUCAAUGUCGAUGACUGACUGACAGUUGUAGGCUACUGUACCCUAAUAAUUGCGCUAAAGCGCCACAAAGCCUAAUUUUAUGACAGAUAAACUUGUCCCCGCACUCAUAAUGCCAUGUGCGUUUGUCAUGAUGAGAGGUAUGAUAUCUAGACUUAAUAACGGUGCGGUCUGUUGGAAAGUGUGAAGUAACUUCACCGGUGUCAUACAGUAUAUAGGCUAAGACAGACCAUAUGUGUCUAUGGGCCAGAUGCAUUAUUAGUGUAUCUCCGCAAAAUAUAGCCUAAUGAGACCAACUGGAACACUGUAGUAACCUAAGUUUAUGAAUUUCAAUCGACAUGUAGGCCUAGGUCUUGUAAGCAUAUGGAUAGGCCCUACGUUUAAAUUCCAAGGUCAGUGAUGACACAAUGAGAUCAAGACAUCCAUUUGUUCUAUGGAUUGAUUAAGCUUGCGGUGAAUGUGGUUUUAUCUAGCAUUUCAGGAGGCAUUACAUGGGGGCCUUUGAUAUGUGCUAUUAGGCCUACAGAUGUAGGAUCUUAAUUUGUAGUGUAUGUGAGGUUUAAAAAGGCUUCUGAUGUUUGUAAUUUCCACUUUUACAUUUCAAACUUGAUUUUCCCUUACGAAAAAUGUAUCAACCCCUACAAAAAAGUCCAUUAAUUAUAAUCCACAUUUCCUGUUGCUGCAGGAGUAUUUUCCUGCUGUAGCAAACUGGCUCAAAUUAAGAUCCUACAUCUGUACAGUGAGAUGAGAUUGAAUCUUCUACAAGUCUAGGCUACAUGUCAAUUACCACACAUUCAUAAGCAAUGCAAAAUACCUCCCAGUCCUUACAGAACAUAAGUGAGUAUGUUAAGAAAUAUAGCCUACUAUCACUGUAAUACCACUCAAGUUGCCCAACCAAACACUAAAACACAUGUAGUUCCAACAUACUAUGCUGUUUAAUUUGGUUUGAUAAUUCAGAGUCAUAUUAAUCUAUAGCCAUUGCCCAUGUUCUAUCUCUUUCCAGACAAAUAAUUAGUCUGGAUGGUGUUUGGUGGUUCUCCAGUAGGCUAAUGUCCCCAGGGAUUUUCAUCAACCCCAAUAGACUAGUAUAACACAUAGAGAUAGAUAGAAGUCCCAUCUUUGCAUAAGUGCCAUUAUAGCAUAUGUGACAACAUGGGCAGUGCCACUGAGGCUAUCUCCAUUUUAAAGUAGUACAUUUUCUUCUUCUUCAUUGGCUGAUUUCUCCCAACUCAUAGGAAUCCCCACCCAGUUGACUGCUUUAAAACGGUGGAUGCCCUCAAUGGCAAUGCUUGAGCUUCUGUACCUCUUAUAGCAGGGUUCCCCAACUGAACAGUACUGAACAAAAAUGGAAAUUCAACAUGCAAAGUGUUGGUCCCAUGUUUCAUGAGCUAAAUAAAAGAUUUACAUUUACAUUUUAGUCAUUUAGCAGACGCUCUUAUCCAGAGCGACUUACAGUCAGUGAAUACAUUUUUUUUUUUUAUACUGCCCCCCCGUGGGAAUCGAACCCACAACCCUGGCGUUGCAAACGCCAUGCUCUAUCAACUGAGCUACAUCCCUGCCGGCCAUUCCCUCCCCUACCCUGGACAACGCUGGGCCAAUUGUGCGCCGCCCAUGAGUCUCCCGGUCGCGGCCGGCUGCGACAGAGCCUGGAUUCGAACCAGGAUCACUAGUGGCACAGUUAGCACUGCAAUGCAGUGCCUUAGACCACUGCGCCACUCAGGAGCUAAAAGAUCCCAGAAAUGUUCCAUACACACCAAAAACUUAUUUCUCUCAAAUGUGUUUACAUCCUUGUUAGUGAGCAUUUAUCCCCUGCUAAAAUAAUCCAUCCACCUGACAGGUGUGGCAUAUCAAGAAGCUGAUUAAACAGCAUGAUCAUUACACAGGUGCACCGUGUGCUGGGGACAAUAAAAGGCCACUCUAGGCUCUGUGUGGUUUUGUCACACAACACAAUGCCACAGAUGUCUCAAGUUUUGAGGGAGUGUGCAAUUGGCAUGCUGACUGCAGGAAUGUCCAGCAGAGCUGUUGCCAGAUAAUUGAAUGUUCAUUUCUCUACGAUAAGUUUUAGCGAAUUUGGCAGUACAUCCAACCAGCCUCACAACCGCAGACCACGUGUAACCAUGUCACCCCAGGACCUCCACAUUCGGCAUCUUCACCUGCGGGAUCGUCUGAGGGGGGAGGGGGUACUGAGGAGUAUUUAUGUCUGUAAUAAAGCCCUUUUGUGGUGAAAAACUCAUUCUGAUUGGCUGGGCCUGGCUGCCCAGUGAGUGGGCCUGGCUCCCAAGUAGAUAGGCCUAUGCCCUCCCAGGCCCACCCAUGGCUGCGCCCCUGCCCAGUCAUUUGAAAUCCAUAGAUUAGGGUCUAAUGAAUUUAUUUAUAUUGACUGAUUUCCUUAUAUGAACUGUAACUCCGUAAAAUCUUUGAAAUUGUUGCACAUUGCAUUUAUAUUUUUGUUCAGUGUAGUUAAUAAGCAUGGUUAAUACGUUUCAUAUUAACUAUUUUAUUUUAUUUAUUUAACCUUUAUUUUACUAGGCAAGUCAGUUAACAACAAAUUCUUAUUUACAAUGAAGGCCUACACCGGCCAAACCCGGACGACGCUGGGCCAAUUGUGCGCCGCCCUAUGGGACUCCCAAUCACGGCCGGUUGUAAUUCAGCCUGGAAUCGAACCAGGGGGUCUGUAGUGACGCCUCAAGCACCGAGAUGCAGUGCUUUAGACCGUUGCGCCACUAUAGGUCAAGGCACACGAGAAGUGAGAGUCACCAUGUUACAGGCUUACCUGCUCCAACAUAUAUUUACGCAGCAUAUAAUAUUAGUUAUGUUAGCAUGUACUGUUAGCAGGAAAGCAAAAUACAGUUCCCAUCAAACUAUUGAGAAGUGACCCAACGUGACUACAACGCACAAGUCUACACAUUGAGAUGUAAUUUGACACUUAGGAGGGGCGGAAGGCUGGAACAACCGCACCUCAUUGGCCCAGUCACUAGUACGCGAUAGCCUAAACUGCGCCUUCUUGGCACUGAGAAAGUUCGAUUAAGCUGAACCGUGGUGCACCGGUCGAUGGCCCGUUACGUGACCGGGCAAAAACGGUGAGGGAGGAGAGCCUUCUCAAAUCGAACAGUAAUCUGCGCUGCUCGAUUAUGUUGGCAACAAGGGAGCAUUGGGCAUCGUUCAGAAACAUACAACAUCUCUUUUCCAUAAAAUAUCUGUUAACAUUUUCAAACUAGUCUUCAUUGAGAAGGCAGAUUAAGCAUAUGUUUUUUCAACAAAAGCAAUUACUUUUGAAAACAUAAAAUCCUACUCAUUACUCCACGUGUUUAACCUAGGUGACUACUUCACAUUUGUUUUGAGCCAGCGUCGGCCAAAGUUGGGGAUCUGGCUCACGCAGGUUUUGUCUAGGGGGCAGCUUUUGUCCAAAUUUAGUUUUCAUAGCAGGUUUAGGAGAAUUUACGCUGCAGGUUAGGAUCAUUAACGUAGCAGGUUAGGAGGAUUUGGUUAAGGUUAGCUAAAAUGUACCAAAAAAAUAAACUUUCGACUUCAAUUUGAUAAAAGCUGUAUCCCAUCUAGACAUGAUCGCUCACGCCCGGGAGGCAACUAAAUUCCAAAAGGAAUGCAAUCACUUUUCAGCAUGUGCAAAACAGGGCCAGAUAUAAUCGAAUCCCCUCGCUCCCUAAAUGGAAGAUCGAUUGCCUGCUUUCACUGUUUGCUGAGGAAUUCGAGUGCAGUCAAUAGGCUUCUAGAAAGAGGGCGAAGUUACUUCGAGAGUUCGAACCAAGUUCUUGUUCGAGGACAUGACUGCAUUCCUUAACUCCAGACCUCAUGUAGCCUUCUGCUUUGAGUUAUUAAACCAGAUAGACGAUACGAAUUUCUCCUAAUUCAUUUUUUUCCACCUUCUCAUUUGAUUCGACCAGGGAGAGGAGAGAAGUGCGACCCCGUGCUGGAUGGAUGGUUAUGGGGAAAGGAGCAGGAGGACCUUCGGCGCUUAAAGUCGGCAAGAUCCUUGUUGUGUUUCUUUGCCUGUUUCCUUCUGGUAAGACAAUAUUAGAGAUACUAAUUUAAUCAUGCGUCUGUUAACUGUGCUAAUAUGAUUAUUAUGUAGUUAUUACAACCCUUGUUUAGUUAUACGCUCUUGAGGUCUUGCAAGGUUAGACCAGUACCACGAUGAUUGCAAAAUCCACACAAUGAAAAGGACAAGACACAUUGUUACAUUGAGGCAAUAUUCAUGGAUACAUUGUUCAAUUGAAACAAGCUUAAUUAGAAUGGAUACAUACAUGCAUUGUUAUAUUUAGCAAAAGCGUUUGCCUUAGCAGCACAUUUUCUACAAAUGUAGCAUCCAUCUGCAAGUUUUGCAGCUUACAUAGUAUUAACAAGACAAUAUUUGAGUGUAUCAACAAAAAUAGAAGACUUACUUAAUAAAUUGCACGUCAACACUGGUAAAAUGCAUAAAAUAUCAGAGACCUGUGGAAUCGACGGUGUCGGUGCAAACAGCCAAUUCUGUCGCUUUUCAUGUGCUCCAUGUUGUGAGUUUGAGGCCUAGGCUAUUUUUACUUUCUGUUAAAGUGAUAGAAAUAACGUUUUAUUUUCAUUUAACCAUUUUACACAGCUCUAGGCUACUCAAGUGCUAUAUCCCCGUGUGGUUGUGUUUGUUUGGGGGGAUGGGGGAUAGGGCUUACGGAUUCGACCCCCCUUUACUAAACUAGCCUACUUUCUUGAUUUGACUUUUUAUUUUGGCACCGGUCAAAACAAGUAAAGCCAAAUAAGUUACUCUGAACUGCACAUCGACUUUCCCCAUGAGUAAUUCGUAACCAUGCUUAGGUUAUUAAUUGUUUGAUCUGCAUGGUUCUAGUAAAAUAAAAAACGUAAUAACACAGCUAAUAAUGGGCUUACUUGAGCCCCCUCCCCGUUUAUGAGAUGCAAAAAUACCCUAUCCAUGCCCCAUCGAACUCAAUUUGCACAUUUGCCGACCUUUAUCGGUUUCUCUUUCAAGUCACUUACUGACAAACAAAAAGUGAUAAUGCAAGUGUUCGUUUUUGACGUUUAUUAGUUUAUUGCCAUUUAUCAGAUGGGUGAUAAAUGCCUUUUGUUGCUGAGGCGGGAGUGUUGUGUGAUUUGUGGGGGGUGGAAUCGUUGUUGUGGUGUGGUAGAGCCAUCAGUAUUCAACUGAAAGUGUGAAUUCAAAGUAUUGGCUGCUCAGUUCUGAGGGAACGUUUGGUGGAGGAAAGUUCCAUGAAGGCCUAAACUGAAGUGUGUUUAUUAGGCGAAAGCUAGGAGAUCCAAUUGUAUUGGUAUUUGCUUUUAAUUACGUCUAUUAUUUCUUAUAUACCCACACCCUAUUCCAUGCCACCCAAAGCGACUUAAAUUUCAGGUCAUGUAAUUUAAGUACCAGGGAAUGCCUGUUGGAAAUUGCGUUACUCUUUGAUUACAGCCUUCUACAAUGGACAGGUGGAUAUCUUAUAUCCAGUUUGAACUGUGGAAUGGUGAGACCUCUCUUCUGUUCCGCCUUCUGGUCCUGGAGCCAGUUUCUUUCCUGUUUCUUUUAAUGGAGUCGUCGGAGCGCCAGCCCCCUCCCAUUGCUGAUGAAACUCAACCUAAUCCCUUUACACAGGGCUAAUUUAUGACUCUGCUGGUCUCUUCUCAAUGGCAAAUUACAUUGUCUUCAUUCAGAGCUGUAAGACUACCCCCUCCCACAUUGGCUCACACAAACUCAUACCCCCUCUGGUUCACCUCAACAAGAGCUGGAUUCUGAAUAGAACAAUUUAAAGGGGAGGUAUUUCCUCACCCCUGGUGUGUUUUUUAAAUACUAAUUUCUGGCUUUUAGCCAUGCAACAGGAUGAUAUAGUAUAAAUGCAAACACUAGGUAGGAUACCUACCGGUGAAUUUAUGCAGUUAACACUUCUGAGUAGCUUGUUUUGACUAAUUGAUGAGGUGUGUGUUGGUGUUUUUACUAAUUUAUCCCCCAAUGUCCCUGUGGAAAUCAAGUUAGUAUAUUUUUUACGAGUUAAAUUAAUACACCACGUCUUCCACAAAAAUAUAUAUUUUUGUUGAUGAUGCAUUAACUUUUGCAUGUUGACUGAAUCUCUUGGAAACAGUAAACCUCACUUUGUGUGCUGUAUGUUCUCUAAGAAUGAGGCUGUAUUCAUCUAGUGUUAUGAAAUCUCAGAGCAGAAUUGAUUUGAACUUGGCAAAUUGCAGACACUUGUAAUCCUCAUAUUUGGUGGAAUUUUGGGUUUCGUUACACAUGAGGUCAGAGUUAUUUAAUGGAAAUAAAUGCUCAAUUUGUCUUGAGACAAUGAAAAAAACAUGGAAAAACUCGAAGGACGCUGCAGGGCUUUUUGGAAUUAUAGGAGUCUAAAGACAAGCCAUUGCCCUUACAUAGGUUAUUGUUUAAGGGUCCAAACACACAGAUAAGACUGUAUAACACUUGCUUUUCUUUUCUUUUUUUAGUACAUUAAAAAAACAGUCCAUUGUAGGUAUUGGUUUUCCAUUGUUGUGUGAACUAUGGUCCUAAUGUUUUCUUCUCUCUACAGUGAGUCUGCAGUGUAAGAUCCUCAAGUGUAACUCAGAGUUUUGGGCCUCCACCUCAAGCUCUGGCCCGGAGGAGGAGUUCUGUACAGCGCUGCGGGCGUACAACAACUGUGUACGCCGCACCGCACGCACUUGCAGAGGCGACUUGGCCUACCACUCAGCCCAACAUGGCAUAGAGGACCUCAUGAGCCAGAACAACUGCUCCAAGGAGGGGCCUACAACUCAGCCUCGAGCCCGGACCCCCGCUCCACCCCCACCACCACAGCUCCAGCCUGACAGCCAGGAGCGCUCCGAUGGGCCAGAGCAGUGUCAUUACGAACGCAGCCUUCCUCGCCAAUCCUCACUACCCAACUACACCCACUGUGGCUUCUUUGGAGACCCGCACCUCCGUACCUUCAGCGAUGACUUCCAGACCUGCAAGGUUGAGGGAGCCUGGCCCCUUAUCCAUAACAAAUACCUGUCUGUUCAGGUGACCAACACACCUGUGGUGCCUGGUUCCUCUGCUACGGCCACCAGCAAGGUGAGAGGAGCCUCUACAUCUCUCUAUCAUAUUCACAUGUUGAAUCCAUGACAUAUUGACUGUAUCGUGGGUACAGCACAGUUACAGAGUGUCUGGGGAUGCCGGACAUUGCUAACUACUGAUCAAGUAUUUAGUUAUUAAUUCAUUGCCAAGGACUGAAACCUUGCAAAACUACUCACUUGAAGUAAAAUGACACCACUUUUCUUAUCAUCAUAGAUAUACAUGCAAAACUUCUGAUAACACCUGUCUUCUCACUGCUGCGGAGGAGUUUAGAAGUGUACUAUAUAAGUAAAGAACUCAGAAAUAGCAAAAAGAUAGCUUGUUAGCAAACUGCGUUAAAAUGCCAGGUAGAGGUUUUUAGGAAAGGGAACAUUUCGUUGUCCCUCCUGACCAAGGCUGCUACUCCUCUAUUCUGCCAUUUUCUUACUAAAGAAAGCCCUUUCAGGGAAAGGGAAAUAUGUUGGCCUGCUUGUUUGAAUCAGUAAACUGAUAAAUUGUAAUAAUAUAAAAUAAUAAUAUGCCAUUUAGCAGACGCUUUUAUCCAAAGCGACUUACAGUCAUGCGUGCAUACAUUUUUGUGUAUGGGUGGUCCUGGGGAUCGAACCCACUACCUUGGCGUUACAAGCGAAAUUGUACUGCAGUGAUUAAUUUGUAGGAGCUCUCAAAUCAAGAAAUAGUAUCAUAAGUAAGACAUUCGUAUGUAAGGUUCUUGGCCGCUUUAAUGUGGGUAGAGAAGUAGGAACAGCCGUGGGACUGUUUCACUGUGGACUCUGGUUAAUGUUUGGAUCAGUUCCAUCGCAGACCAAGAGGCAAUGCACAGACCAAUUGUUGGGAUCUUGAUAAGGUUUACAAAUGAUAUGCCAGUAUUAUAACAGCAGUAUAAACAUCAAACAUUACCAGGUGGCUCCAGCCCUCUCGCUUUUUUUUGUUGACAGCCAAGACUAAUGUUAGGCCCACUGUAUGUGUAGCAGUCCAUACCCUAGCAUUGUGUGUAUGUGGGUUAGAAACUGUUGUUUUAACUAAGUGCUCAAGCCAUGCAGGAAACUGCAGGCAUUUUCUCCACAUUAGUUGGCCCUCAUACCUCAUCAAUUAUCAUUGUUUUGCUACUACGGUACAUUGGACGGCCUGGAGGGCUUACCCUGAAAUGUCUUUCACUAACUUAAGGUGAAAACAAAGAACCCUGAGCAUUUGUAGUCUGCGAAUUCACGUAAUAUUCGGUCCACAUUUGGUACAAUUUUGGCAGUUGUGAUUGUGUGACCAAUAGGCCUCCAUGCGCUGUAUCCUGACUGCAGGGUUUACACUGAGACUUUGUCCUCAAUCACAUAAAGAGAGAGGCCAAUUUUCCAUCAUCAGACCUAAUGAUGCACUUUCAGCAUUCAGGCUUUUUUCUGUGCGCUUAAGGUAAUUAUAUUUUUACACAGCUGUACUUGGAAACAAAUUAGACAGCUUUUUAAGUUAUUCAGUCUGGACAAGGGGAAAACAAGGCUACAGCCUAUACAAACAAGACUUCCCUGGGUAUAGACCAUGGGAUUGCUGGAGCUCUGCUUAAUAUUGGCUCCUGCUACAGGGUAUGGGAACUGUCUGCUGUAUACUCUACCGGUGUGACAUGCUAGCAGUUCCUAUAGACUUCCAGUCAUUGAGCCAACGACUAUACAUUUAAAAGCUAGUCACUGCAGAAAUAUAUAAAAAAUGACAUAUCUUUUUUUAGCGGUGGCAACAAUUUAGCAGCGGUGGGCCACCGCUGCCAAAUGAAUAUAGGGGAAACACUGACUACCUUCAUUCAGGAGGAGGGUUGAUGAAGCAAUUUAUUUCUUUAUGCACAUGGUUUUUGUAGAGGUUUUUACAUGUUCUUAGAUAAAGUUGUCCUUCGAAAACAGAGGGGUCGGUGGAGAUUGAGGGGUGGGCUGAGUGCUGGGGUGGCAGAUGACUUGACUGGGUAAUAACAGGGCAUUUUGGUGCUCCACUUCCCCCUCCCCCUGCCCCCUCCGCUCUGAGAUCAGAGCCUCUCGGCUGUCCUGGGGUCACUUCUGUGACAACGGCUCACUGGCGUCCUAAUGAAACCAUGCAAGCGGAGAAGUGACCAGCCUUAGUUAAUUAGCCACAGAGCAGAGCAUGCUCUCCCCUCCUGGCCCAGUGCCACUCCCCGGAGCACAGUUCUGGGGUUCACAGGCAGGUUUUUCACCACUAUGAAUGGCUCGUCUUUGUGUCUGCACACUAUGGCCCGAUUUAACAUGGCCUAUACCCGUGUUUUCUGAGGCCGUUUACUUUGGCCUCCCCAAUGUUGAGGCAGAGCUGAAAUGUGACACUGAACUGGGGUGGGGUCUGCAUUACACAAACUACUGGUGUUCUUAAUGCCAAAGCACAAAGAUACCCCUCAGUCAUUUGUGUAGCCCUACCACUAACUAUUUUCCACAUAAAAAUGACAAUAUAGAGGUUCCAUACAGUUUUUAAAUUCAACUGGUGUUCAAUGAUUUAAUUAAUUUGAUGUCUAUAUGUACCUUUCUAUUUUCAGCCUCAAAAGGCUCCUUAAUUACCUGAAACAUAUUGAAUGAGCUAACUAUUGUUGUGCUGACUGCUAUUUCUAAUCUUCUCCCCUCUCUCUCUUGCUACAGUUGACAAUCAUCUUCAAGAACUUCCAGGAGUGUGUGGACCAGAAGAUGUAUCACGCAGAGACAGACGAGCUGCCUGCGGCAUUCGCCGACGGCUCCAAGAACGGUGGAGACCGCCACGGGGCCAACACGCUGCGCAUCGUGGAGAAGGUGCCUGGGCAGCAGGUAGAGAUCCACGCACGCUACAUCGGUACAACCAUCGUGGUCCGGCAGGUGGGCCGAUACCUGACCUUUGCUGUGCGGAUGCCAGAGGAAGUAGUGAACUCUGUAGAAGACCGAGACAACCAGGACCUGUACCUCUGCCUGCACGGCUGCCCUGCCAACCAGCGCAUCGACUUCAGGACAUUCAGGGCCCGUGCAGUGGAGGACCACGGCCCAAGCAAGAGCAGGACGGGCAGCCCUCCCCAUGGGUUUACCUACCAGGCUGCCAUGGCUAAGUGUAAAGAGCGCCUCCCGGUGGAGGACCUCUACUUCCAGUCCUGUGUGUUCGACCUGCUUUCCUCUGGGGACAUCAACUUCACCAUGGCUGCCUACUAUGCCUUUGAGGAUGUGAAAAUGCUCCACUCCAACAAGGACAAAUACCACAUUUAUGAAAAGGAUGCAUUUGGGAGUAAUGCGGCACCAAGGGAAUCAGAUGUGUUCUCGCUAGUGCUCCUCAACUUUCUGGCUGUGUUGUUGUUCAUUUAUAGUCCCCUGCCAACAUCAUCCUCAUUAUCCUAGCUGUCAGUGGGUGUGAAACAGUGCUCUCACCAUGUCAUACUUCACUUCCACUGCUCUGUCCUCAGUGGCUGGUGGCCAGUGGAGUCAGCGAGGCCUUCCAUGCCUCUGAGGGGACAGAGCAGCCCAUGUGUUUUCAAACUCAUCCCAGCCAUGGUCUCAUCAUUGUUUUGUUGUUGUCAUCAUGUGUUGACUUCCAUCUGGUGGAGAGGUGAGUGCUCUGUGCUCCCACCUAUCAUUGCAUUCAUUCAGCUGGUUUAAGGACGGGUCCUUUGAUGAAGGGAGCGGUGGUGAGUGAGGAGAGCCCAGGAGCCCCAGUACUUUGGAUAUCCAGCUGGGAUUAAAUCCCACAUUCCCACUGGGACUGCAUGCACCUAUGGGAAACAAGACGAGAUUAUCUCUUGCAGAAAGAAGAGUUUGCUGAUCUUCUCACUGGUGCCAAGCCAGUGGAGCUCUCUGUGGCUCAUGGGUCUGGGCUAGAGGACAUGACAGGGGCUUUUGUUAACCUCUGGCCAGAAGCAGCUCCCUGUUUGUGAUGAGCUUCCAGCUUUGGAAAAGCCGUAGCUUUUUGGAGGAAGCGCUCGGCCAAAAGGAUGUCAGAGCAGCGAGUCUAGUUGUCUGCUGUGGAGAUUAACAGGUCAUAAUGCCAGGUCUUUUGUAAGAUUGUGUUGUUUGUUGGUCCGUGUGUGUCCGUCUGUGUGUGUGCGCACCUCUGUGGUUAAUUGUGUGCUCCAGAAAUGGCUGUGUUGAUUGAGUGCAUGUGUGUGUGUGUGUGCUGUUGUCCUCAAAAGUGCAAGAAAUCUUUAUUUGGAAGAAAUGUUUCCUAAUGUUGUUAUAUUGCAACCCAGGUUCCAAUAUAGAACCGUCAUGGUGGCCUAGGGUCAGUUGAAACGGCCUCUGCCUGCCAAGGGGUUACUUCUAAGUGAACUGGCAGACAGUAAAACAAACAAAAAAAACUUUUACCUGUCAAUCAGUGUCAAAAAGACUCAGUCCAAGUAUUGGUGUUUAAAGUGUUAAUUAUGAUACAUUUCUUUUUUGUAUCGGGUCUAAUUAGGAAUGUAGAUGUUCAUAAGAAAAAGAAACCUGAACAAACUUUACCAAGGGCACACAUAAUGCAGAAACGCAGAUCACGUUUACAGAGUAUAUCUCAUCUCUUCAUUCAACCGAUCAACCAACUUUCAUGUACAGUGUACCAUGGCCAAGAAAUAGAUUUCUACAGGUCAUUUGUAAAUGAUUUGUCUCUUGUCUAGGCAGUCAACAGUUCCCCGCAGAUGUAGGUAUCUUGGCCAUGUAAUGGCUUUGAGAAAGGUAUAGUC